AUGCUUGGAAUCAUAAUCAAAAUCCUUUUCUUAUUACUUGUCAAUUAUAAAUCUUUUGGAUUAUGAAACAUAAAAGAAAUAUUCUCAGAAAGGUUUACAAGAAAAAUAAAAUGACUAUUCUCGAUUUCUUAUAUAACUCUUUAUGCAGAUGAAAAAAUAUUUUCCAAGAUCAGUUAUUUUAUCCCCAUUGACAAUAUUUAUCAAUUUCAUAAUAUUUUCGAUCGAAUUAAUUCUCUCAUAGUUGAGAGCUUUAUAAUAUCUGAAUAUUGCCAAGAGUCUAGAACAUGAAUAUCAUCAUUCCUCACAUUUUGCUUUUAUGUAUCGAUAAAUAAAAUGGCAUUCGGUUCGAGAGAAAUUAGCUCUGCUAAUUUUCUCUCCCUCAUGGAAUUUUAUUUAUAGGGUUAGGUUUUCACUCGAAGACUUCUGGACAGCAAUAGUGGUUUAACUUUGGAGAUAACCAGAGGAACCACUCCUCAGUCCACUCAAGAUUUCGGGCUUUUACCUCUCAGCACAUCCCCACGGGAGGAUGACCCUUAGGCGGAACACGCGCAGGAGCUGAGUCGAGCGACAAGGGCGACGGCAACGCGCCGGGUGAGACGUGCAGCAAGGCCGGUGAAGCAGGAGUUGUUAGAAGGCUUGGACGGGGCUGACCCGUGCCAAGAUGGCUCGCCUACGUCAUCAGUUUUGCCAUAGGCCCUUUUUGGGCUGCGGCACUAGACACCUUAAACACCAGAUAAUUAAGUAAGUAAAAAGCUUUUAUGUAUCAGGAACUUUAUCCUUUAUUUUAUCUUUUAAAAAGAGCCUGAAAAACUGUCUGAUACUUGGAAUUAUAAACACUAUUUCAUUGGAUUAUUGCAUGCAAACUUAUACAACUUCCAUUUUAAAAUUUAUUAUGUCAAGCCUUAUUUUUUUAAUCUACCAACGAAAACGGCGGCAAUAUUCUCAUUUAAACUUAUAUGAUCUGUACAAAUUUUGCCAUUUAAUCAGUUUUUUUAGUUUCAUUUUAUAUUUACUUGGACUUAAAAUAAGCAAAUUAUAUAUUAUGAAAUGCGCUUUAUCGGGUGUUGCUCAAUUGGCUUGCUUAAUAUUGAUUUUUUGCAUAUAUAUUUAUUACUUAAGAGAUAUAUGCCGUAGUUUAGAUGUUUCUUGUCCAGAAAUCAUUCAGCACUAUCAUGCAGCAGCCAUAGAUCGCGAAAAUUUAUAUCUGAAAAUUAUUUUUUUAUAGCAUUUUUUGCAUAUUUGCUUUGAAAACAAUAGAUUUAGAAUAGAAGUCAAGAUCUAUAUCAAUAAUAUAAGUUUCUAAAAUUAAAACAAGUGCAAGGCAAUAAUUCCUUAAUUUUGCAGAGCUUAUUAAUAUUAAAAUAUUGUUAAAUACUAACCUUUCCCAGUGAAUAAAACAAUUUUAUCCACUCAGAGAGAGGGGUUUCAAAAAACAAUAUUUUUUUCGAAAUUAAAACAAUCCAAUAAGCAAAAAAUUAAUAUAAUUUGUAAAAUUUAUGUUUUAAAACUCAAGCUGUUUAAAAUUAACAGAAUUACUAGAAAUUCAUUAUAAUAAGUAUCACUUAUAUAUAAAAAUAUUUUUUAAUAAAUUUUUUUUUCUCACUCAUAAGGGGAGUAAGUAAUUGAGAUAAGUCAAGAUUAUACGGGGUAUGUUUAAUGUACACCUGCUGGAGUAUUUAAAAUGUAAUCACUCUAUUGGCGAAUAGAAUAUUAGCAAUCAUAAUGAUACCAGAAUUAAUGGUAUUGCAAAGAUUGAUUUUUUAUUUAUUUUACAUGAAUAAGUGUGUAUCAGCUAUAUAAUUCGCAUUUUAAUUUUAGCUUUACAUGCCAAACUAUUUUAGUUUUGCCAAGUUUUAAAAAAUGGAGCCACCACACCAAAUCCAAACAAGCUAAAAAAGCGAAUAAUAUCUGCCAACAUCGCAGAUCCCUUAUUCCAACUCUAUAACACUGAAUAUGAAAGCAGAAAAUUAAACAUUGUGUAAGGGAUUAAGCAUUUUAUUAGUUUUUGAAAGAUUUAAAUUUAAUAGUCUGAGCCAAUUAAGACACUAUGUAUCUUUCGCUUUACUUCUUAUGCCAUCGAAAUAGACUCAUCCUCUAAUUCAAUUCUCAGAAUUUUAAAGCAAUGUGCAAUAAAUGCUAUAUAUUCUAACUUUAUUUUAAAUUUGAUUUCUAUGAUACUCCUUUAUGAUUUAAUUACUAUUUUUGUGGACAAGAGCUGAGUAUUUAAGGAAGAACUAUACUUUAUAGGUGCAGGUUUCACAGGGUUCAUUUUGAAUUACCCAGAAUCUGAGCAAUAUGAUUUAUGAGAAAAAGUUUCUAAUUUUUUAGGAGUAUAUUCAUAUUUGCUUAUUCUGAAAUAUUGAUUCAAUAAUUACAUAUUUUAA